AUUUUUUGCUUGUAUUGAAAAUAAUAUGCCUGGUGGAAGUGCAAAAAAGCAAAGUCCUGGCAGCGACUCCGCAAAGAAAAAUACAAGCAAUAGUUCGGUACGAAAUGUAAGCGGGUCAUCGGGGAGUCGCAGGGCGCGCAAAAGAAAGAGAUGUCAAGUUAAAAGGUUUAGCGAUAGCGACUUAGAGUCCGAAUUGGAGGAUAUGGAGGAUGCGGUUGAAAUCGAAAAGAAACUGCGAAAAGUGGCUAAAGAAAAUGAUUUAAGUCAUGAUGAGAUGCGCCAAUUGAUACAGAAAUUUGUAAAAAAUGAACAUAUUCUCGCGCUGGUCACACUAAAAGCAGAAGAUGAAAUUGAGCGUGAACGUCAAGAAUCCGAACAACCAGCUAUAAUAAUUACUGACACACCGUCUGUGCCCAAAUUGACGCGCGCUAGAGCACGCGAGUUAAAUAAAACGCCUGGAAUUACAUUGCCAGUAGUAAAUGAAAUUAAAGAGCCGGAAAUUGCAACUCUUAUACAAGACGAAUUAAAUUCAGAUGAAGACGAUGAAGAGUAUGUUUUUAAAGAAGAGGAUUUUAUUUCCGAUGAAGAUCCAAAUAGCACAGUUUCAGAUUUGGAUUCGAAUCCACGCACACCGCAGACCCCUUUAUCACAGACAGAAGCUGAAGACUCGCCCGUAAAGUUGACCGCAGAUGGCUGUUUUAAAAUACCGUUGGAAAAACCUAAGAGCACACGCGAAGAUGUGCGAAUUGCCGCGCGAACGCGUUCAAAAUUAUGCCUGGAGCAAACCGCUAUCGAAGAUAUAGAGUCUGAGUUUGUGCCACCUGAUGUGGAACAAAUUGAUUUACAAGAUUUUGAUAUGACUGCCAACGAUGAGGAUUGGAUGCAAUUUCUAAACGAUUUUUCUAAGCCCCUAAGCACCAGUUUUGUGGCAGAUGAAGAUGAUCCCAUUAAUGAUCCUGAAUAUAUAGCCGCCGAGAAAAUAUUGGAGGAUGCUGAAGAGUUGCGUGACGUGAAUAUACCUAGAAAGGAAUUGACUGAUCUCGUGGCUGAGUUGUUUGAAGGCUUGGUCAAUGAAGGCGUGUCUCUUGAAAGCAUUGAGUUGGAUACACCACAAAAGUUUUUGUUAGAUAAUUUCGGCGAGACGACCAUUACCGAAGACAAAAACAUUGAGCCCGUUUCUGAUAAGUUCGCUACACCUACAAUUCCUGACAAAGAUAAUAGCCGAAUAGUGAGAGAACUAAAUUUUGAUACACCAACAACCCGACAAUAUAAUCCCCCACAGCAACAGCCAAAUUAUAUCAUUGAUGUACCACCAUUAGUUCCUCUUAGUAACAGAAACAAUGUGACUACAAAUGAUUACUCAUUCAAUCCAAAUGUUGUGUCCACUCCUUCAACGCAACUACAAGCGCCUGUGGCAUACACAAACAGUCCAGACCAAGGUGGCAGUCAAAUUGUAACUCUUCCCCCCUCCAACUUUUCGUCGGAACCCGAAUGGAUAGCUGUUAAAAUACCCGGACAAAAUAAUUCCUAUCAAUUAGCUCGUGUUGUACCAAAUGCUAAUGCAAUUGGACCACCGCCGCUAGUUAGAAUACAGCCACAGAGAAUGCCAGCGCGUGCCCCAGAACCAACUACUUCUCCAAAAACCCCAGAGCAUCCACUUUACAGUGUACCAUACGACACAAAUUUUACAUGGGAAUAUAUAUCUAUUAGAAAACAUGUAUAUACUGAAUAUUUAAACAAAUUCGAGACUAAUCGUAACAUGUCGAACAAUAUUUCACAAAUGGAGGAGUUGUCAAACCAACCGAUAGGCUUUACCAAGCAUCAACAUGAUAUAUUACAACAGCAGUUACGUAUCCACGUACAAAUGCUAACACAAACAUUUAUACAAAGCUACUCACAUCCGAUGUAUUGGAAGCUUUCGUUUAAGGCGAAAGACAUGUUGUUGGAAAUCGAAAACAGAGCACAAGACGAUGCGUCGUUCCGGGCGUGGAAUCUCCAGCUGGCUGUGAACCUUAUUCGACAAUGGGAGGAAGAUUUAAAUAAGGAUACUAAGGAAAACAAAGAAUUGAUGAAAUUUAUACACAGCGAAAUUAAUAGCACCAAAAGUAAUUGUCGUCAAGUUCCACGUUUUCCCCCACGCAUUAUGGAAUUUGUAAUAAAUAGCGAGGCGUUUAUGUAUCCAGAAUAUUUGCCCCGUAUACCGUUCACUUCAAGACGAACUAAAUAUGAGGCGUUUGCACCAGCUGAAAUGCAAUUAAUUGCUAUGGGUUUGGAACGUCAUAUACAAAAAAUACGCCAAACAGGUGAGCGCAUAUCAAAGAAAACGUCGGAAUUAAAGGUAGCUGUAGAACGGUUAACAAAGGACACAGUUUACGGCAAGUCGUUUUAUCGAAUAUGGACUCAAGUGAAAUGCUUGAGAAAUGCAGAUUAUUAUAAUCCGGUGAAGUAUUAUUUUGAACACAAACGUGCUCCACCAGUUCAACACAAGCUUAUUUACUUCGAAAACAAUAAAGUAUUACCACCUAAGGAUCGUUACACUGAGCUACCUUUGGCAUGGCAAACGCAUAUAGAUGAGAAAAGACGAGCAGAACGAAGAAAACGAGGUGUAUAUGCAUCUGAAGCAGCAGGUUCGUCCUACUUGGAAUUCGUUCGUGAAGCUUUGGGCGAAAAUAUAAAACUACCAGAGAGCACAACUCAAGCUUCAACACCGGACAACAGUGGCGCUAACUCAUCGUGGUUUUCACAGACAAAUAACAAUAGUUUCUUCACCAAAACUCGUUCGAAAAGAAGUAUUGCUAAUUGCGUAACUAUAAAUGUUAAUUAUCAUUUUACUGGUAUUACAACAAUUGGGGACGCACAACCACCCGUCAAUAACACAACAGCUCUAGCGAUAAAAGACACAUCUACUGACAAGGAUAACUUGAAUGCCUCUGACUACCAAAAUGCAAAUAUCGCUUCAUACAAUUACGAUUGGGGUUCCAAAACUUUACAACCGAUUCUUGAACCGCUGCAAAAUGGAGCAAGUUUAAAAUCUACCAGUACGCAGUGUGCAAGUGAGGGAAGUCAUUUAAAAAAUAAAUCAGCACGACGAAAGUUGCAAUUGCCUAGUAAGUUUAAAGCUGGCUACACCAAAAAUACGCGCUUUAGGACAUUGCGACGGUCGUGUCACAUAUUUGAGCGACAUAAGAAAAAUAAACGUCAGAGGCAACAACGAAUCACUUGUUUACUAAAUUGCUACCGCAAAAAUUUGAAGCGAAAAGAACUGCUGUACAAACGUGUACCAAUUGUACGCAAAGUUUACAGAUAUUUCAAAGCGUUAGAGUUAUACACAGACUUGUUAAGAGAUCUCAAAAUGGCUUGUCGUAAUGCUACUUCCACUACUUCUGGUACCACUACUGGCAAUGCGCAACCCAUAUCAACGAACUCGUCUACUACAGUACAGCAUUUGCCAACAGCAAAGUUUUUUGUGCAUAGUUCACAACAAUAUUUUGGUAAACGUACGCGUGGUGAAGAAGAGUCCAACGUCUGUUCGCGUAGCAAAAAGGCCAGCAGACAGGAGGAAAAUUUCAAACAUAUGCUGCUACCUGAUACGGCUGAGGAUGCAAAUCGCAAAGAUGCAAUUUACGCACUGAACUUUUAUGAAAAGGUGGAAGAGGCUUUAAAAGCCUCAAAUCGUUCCGAAGACUGUAAAAAAUUCAAUCAUAUACUCAAAACAUUCGAUCCGCGUCGUGAUAAGGUUGCGGAUUUAUAUUAUAAAUUAGAACAACUCUUUCUACCUGAGCAUCCUGAGCUGGCUCAGGUGUUCCUCACUUUUUUGUUACCAUCCGAAGCAGUGGAAAUUGGAAAAUUCUUCGAGCAUUUCAUGAUCAACAAUAUGACAACAUUUAUCAACAAAUUAAAUAUUUAUUUUAAUAAACAACCAGCUCAAAUCCGUAAAAUUUAUAACUGUCUAGCUGAGUUGGCGGAUGAUGCGGAAGUUACCAUGAAAAAAGUCGAAACAAAAAUUUUGCCACUGCUCAAGGGCAAUCAAUUUCUCAUUGAUUGGUUUUUGCAACAGUUUACCGAGGCUAAACCACCAGAAAGAAUAUUUUCAACGCCAGAACAUGUAAAUUUGAAGGAAGUCGAAAUCAAACCUAACCUGUAUGAAACUCUCAUUGAUUCACUCGAAGUUUCAGCGCCUUGCUGUGAACUGCAGCAGCAGCAACAGCAACAAAACCAAACGCAUAACUGUCAGUUGAGGUAUAUAAAUGGACGGAUCUUCUAUGGUAACAAAAUGACGCUGCCCGCUAAACUCUCUUUCAUGGCGAAUAACUGUCAGCCUGAAACGGCUGCAGAAUGCAAUAACGAAGAGCUGUUGGAACUGCAAAGGCCCGAAUGUGUGCACGGCAUACGCGAGCAUGGUGAGAAACAAUUGGCGGUUGCUGUGGACAAAGCGGCAGCAAAUGCGGCGGCUGACUGCAACAGUGAUGAUAACGAUAAAUCGGAGGAGGAAGAUUUGUCCAAAGUGUUAAUAGUUGAUAUGCCUAACGAUGAGGAUACCAGCUCCUCACUGGAAAUUUGUGACGAUACCGCUUUACGUGCACAUGCGAUGCGCCUUAAUCCCUCCUAUUAUGCGAAUACAUGCUUUGCGCCUGUUACGAGCACACCAAAUACAAGCAGUAACUACGCGCCUCAUCAUGCAAAUGCUAAGAAAUCCUCGUUAAAUUUCAACGAUGACGGUAAAAUAGUAUCACCGCGCAAACAUUCAACACCUGGUACACCUACAUGCGCCAACACAAGUACCGCCAGCCUAACACCUUUGCAAUGCCUAUCGCCGAACAACUCUAGUGCAACUAGCAGUGCGUUAACAACGACAACACUUACCGCACCCGCUACAAAUGCGGUCGGUAGUAAUAGCAGUAGUGAUAGCAAUGCGGACGCACAGAUCCCUCAACAGCUACGCGAUAAACGGAAAUCGCCCACAAAGAAGAUUAAAUCACCUGUGUCCGCGACGCGUGUACGCCCAAGCGGUAGCAACCUACAACCAAUGGUUGUUGUGUACGAACACAAUCCUGCCAUCGCGUGUGCCAAGAAACUAAAAUCUUUGAUUGCGGAGGAGGACUACGAAGGUGAAAUCGAUAAUAAAGAUCGUAUUGCUAUAGUAGCUUGUGCCAAAAAACCAGGCGACACGAGUCAAGAGUCGUCAGUUGCAGAGGAUGGUGUUGUGUUGCAGUCGCAUGAGCGUAGAUCUGUUUCACCGCAUACGCCACCGCUACUCACAGUAACUAAAUUGGAGCAUAGCGAUAAUUCCGAUGAUUUAGAAUUCAUACCAGAGAAUGCUGAAGUGUCACAUUCAUUUUCGCAUGACUGCUUUGAUCAGUUACAAGAAGCGCAGCAUGUUGAGGAUAGCGAUUCGCCAGAAGUUGCGACUACGACAACGUCAACGACUGCCCAAACGUCAAGUGUGUCUCAUCCCACUGCCACAAAUGAAAAUUACACUGAAGAUUGUAAGUUGGAGGUGGUGGCCACAUUAAGCGCUUCAACGCCAGAUGAUGAUGCAGCGACAUACAAAUCGAAUCAAGCGUCAGUUAAAGCGUCCACAGCUUGGACACGUGAAGAAGACAAGCUUAUAUUGAUCGAAAUGAAGUUGAGCGCCGGCAUUGAGAAGGAGCUACUCUUCAAACGUAUGCAUGAUAAGUUGCCAUCUCGUUCGUUGGCGGAAGUCAAAGAACGUUAUAAUUUUUUAAUAGACUUUCUGUCCAAGCUACAGGGCAAAUAAACACUUAUUUUUACUUUAAUUUA